AUGCGUUAUAUCAAGGCGGCUUCACUAACGCCGUUGCUGGCCGCCUUUUUCACCACCCUCUCCUCGACGCUAGCGCUCCCCUCUUCGAUCUUGGAACACCAGCUCGAGACCAACGUGCUUCAGGUCCGAGCCGACAGCAACAGCUCAGCUUCGUAUAUCUCACCUUCUUUUGACGUGACCAAGUGUCCUGGCUACCAGCUCGUUGGUGAGCCCGUCACUUCCGAGCAUGGCUUCACUGCCAACCUCUCGCUAGCUGGCCAAGCAUGCAACGCCUACGGUGUCGACAUUUCCAAUUUGACACUCUCGGUCGUCUACGAAAAGAAGCACCAGCUCCACGUGCACAUCUACGACACCGCAAAGCAGCAGUAUCAGCUACCCAAUGGUCUCAUCUACGAGCGACCCUCUGACGACCCUGCUGAAAUCGAAGAUGGCUCUACGGCAGAAGAAAGCGAUCUUGUUUUCCACCACACUGCCGAAAACGGCACCCAGUCCAACGACAGCGGUGCAUGGGCUUUUUGGAUCGAACGCAAGUCGUCGGGCGAUGUCAUCUUUGACACUCGUGCCAGUAACAUCCCCACGUACAGCGAUGGCAUCAACAACGUCUCGAGCGAUACCAAGCGCAACUCAACAGCCAUGCCCAAGCACGAGAUGAUCUUCGAGAACCAGUACUUGCAGCUCUCGUCUGCCUUGCCCGAAGGCGCCAACAUCUACGGUCUGGGCGAGUAUGUCACGGGUAGCUUCAGGAGAAACCCAGAUGAGACGUUGCAGCCUUUCUUCACGCUGGAUGCUGGCACGCCCGUGGACAGCAACAUGUACGGCUACCACCCUGUCUACCUCGAGGCGAGGCGUGGUCAAGAUGGAAAGUUGAGGUCGCAUACCGUGUCGAUCCAAAACACGGCGGGGAUGGAUGUCUUGCUUCGAAGAGGCCUCAUCCAGUACCGAGCGAUUGGAGGAACACUGGAUCUACGCUUCACCUCUGGUUCGACCGUUGAUGGAAUCAAUACUCCCAACACUGCCAUUCAGCAGUACGUCAACGUUGUCGGCAACCCCGUCAUCCACCCUUACUGGUCGUACGGCUUCCACCUCUGCCGAUGGGGUUACAACAACGUUUCGGAAACCCAAGCGGUCGUCGACGCCAUGCGCGAACACAACAUUCCUCUCGAAGUGCAGUGGAAUGACAUCGACUACCUGCAAGAAUUCCGUGACUUCACCACCGAUCCUCAACGCUUCCCUCGGAAGGAGUUUGCAGCUAUGAUCCAGAAACUCAAGGACAACCACCAGCACUACAUUCCCAUCAUCGAUAUGGCGAUCCCCAAAGCACCGACCAACGCAAGCGACACAUACUACCCCGGUACGCGAGGCGAUGAGUUGGACGUCUUCUUGAAGAACAAGAACGGGACUCAGUAUGUGGGCGAGGUCUGGCCUGGCUACACGACUUUUGUCGAUCAACAAGCCAAAAAUGCGGGUCAGUGGUGGACCGAGGCGAUCCGCAACUUCAGCGAGAUUGUCGACUUUUCCGGAAUCUGGUUGGACAUGAACGAGCCCUCUAGUUUCGUCGUUGGCAACGCUGCUGGGCCCGAGACGAACUUGUCGGACACGCCGGCAUACACGGCUGCUACCAGUGUCGCCGGCUGGCCGCAGGGCUACAACAACCUCACGUGGGGUACCUCCGGAAAUAUCACCAUCAACGGCACUUACACGUUCCGACAGGGACCGGUUCAGAACAACGACAAUGCCCAGCAACGACGUUCGCUACUCACCGCCACGUCGGGUCGUGAGCAGGAAGAUGUGUUGAUCAAACGACAGAGUGGCGAGAGCGACAACAAAUUUGGACCCAACGAGCCCAACUACAGGUAUGCCAACACUAGCCAGCGAUACCUCUCGAAUCCACCCUACGCGAUCCACAACGGCAUCCACAUCAGCGAAACCCCGCUUAAUAUCAACCUGGACAAAAAGACGGUCGCCAUGGAAGCUGUCGGUGUCGAUGGGCAACGCGCCUUUUACGACGUGCACAACCUGGACGGAACACUGGAAGAACAGCAUUUCUACAAAGCCCUUCGAACGAUUCGGCCCAAUGAGCGACCCUUCCUCAUCUCGCGUUCGACCUACCCUGGAGCGGGCAAGUUCAGCGGCCACUGGCUAGGCGACAACUAUGCCCUCUGGACUAUCUUGCCGGGCCAAGAAGCGUACAAGGCAGGAGCGGGUAUGGCGCAAUCAAUCGACGGUGUGCUGCAAUUCCAGAUCUUCGGCAUCCACAUGAUCGGCGCCGACAUCUGUGGCUUCAAUCGCAACACAGACGAAGAGCUGUGCAACCGAUGGAUGAUGCUGGGUGCCUUCCUUCCAUUUAUGCGCAACCACAACACGAUCGGUGCUAUUGGGCAGGAGCCAUUCCGCUGGAACUCGGUUGCCAACGCAUCGCGCAUCGCCAUUGGUAAGCGGUACGAGAUCCUGCCGAGUCUGUACUCGCACCUGGCUCGAUCGAGUGUCAGUGGUGCACCGGCGGUCAAGGCGUUGUGGUACGAAUUCCCAGACGUGUUUGAACAGACUAAAGACUAUGCGCACCAGUUCUUGUUCGGUGAUGAUCUCUUGGUCAGCCCGGUCCUCGAGCCCAACGUUACGAGUCUCAAAGCGCUAUUCCCAGAUGCGGGGGGUAAGUGGCGCAACAUCUUCACAUACGACGCGUUGGACGUCGAGUACAACAAGAACGUCUCGGUGGAAGCACCCCUCUCCACGAUCAACGUUCACCUUCGACCCGGUCGUGCUCUGCUCACCCACUCGAAACCGGCCUACACCGUCUACGAGACCACUCAAUCGCCUUAUGGACUGAUUGUCAACCUGGACAACCAAGGCCAGGCCAAACAAUACUUCUACCUUGACGACGGUGCGACUCCUGCUCCCGCUCCUAACUCCACCUUGACCGUCUCGGCAACAAAUGGUUCUUCCGUCAGCGGUCAGUUGGAAGGCGAGUUCAACCCCAGUCAGAGUUUGGCCUAUGUCAUCGUGUUAGACGUCAAACAGAAACCUAGCCAGGUCAAGAUCGGCGGGAACGAGGCAAGUUCCAGCUGGGAUCAAACAAGGUCCUUGCUCAACGUGACGGGCUUGAGCGUCGAUCUGAGCAGCAACUGGACCAUCUCCUGGUCGUAA